AUGUUCCUAUCGUGUGGCCUCUCACAAGCAAGUGUGGCUGCAAUGGGAAUCCUCAUUCAAACAACAGGUUUGCUUUAUCUAGUUCCUUACUCUUUAGGCUUGGGUUUGUCAACCCGUGUUGGGCAAGAUUUUGGGGCUGGGCAACCUGCACAGGCAAAGGGCUACCAUUAUAUGACCCGUUGUGGCAUUUGUUUGUGGAGUAUUGGCCUUUGCUUUCACAAUUGCGGUGAAAAUUUGGUGGGGACAGAUACAUACGAAGGAGCAGCUAGAUAUAAAGCUUCAUUUUCCGGGAUUGUUGCUAAUUCUGCGUUCUUUCGGCCAGGAAUAUUUUCGGGGAGAGGAAAAGGAAGGGAAAAUAUGGUCAGAAAGAAUGCAGAAAAGGGAGAAGAAAGUGUUGCAGUGGCCAUAGGCAAGGACAAAGGGAGCCAAUAUGCCCUUAAAUGGGCUGUUGAUCAUCUUCUCAGCGUAGGCCAAUUUGUCACACUUCUUCAUGUUAAACAAAAGGCCCCACCUACAGUGGGAGCUAAUGCUUCCAUUACAGAUGCUAGUGAGAUUUCAACAACACAUAGCAAACAACUUGAAUCUGAAGCCAGGGAAUUAUUCCUUCCAUUCCGCUGUUUCUGCACGCGGAAGGAUAUAAGAUGUAAUGACGUUGUAGUAGAGGAUGUUGAUAUAUCCAAAGCAAUAAUAGACUAUGCUGCUUCUCAUGUGAUAGAGACCUUGAUACUUGGAGCACCAACAAGGGGAGGCCUACUCGUCAGGAAGGGUUCUGAUGUGACUAUGCAAAUACUAAUUAUAUCCUUUUGCCACAGAAAAUUGAAGACAACAGACAUCCCAAUCACUGUGUCAAAAGCUGCACCGGACUUCUGCACAGUAUAUGUCAUCAGCAAAGGAAAGGUUCAUUCUGUACGGUCUGCUAGUGCUCCACCACCUGCAAAACCUCCACCUCAAAUUCAGUUGCCUAACAUACGCAACCAUAUUCCUGCUUCAGUUGAUGUACAUCUGACUGGCCAAACUCCCAGAGCCUCAGAGAGGUCAUCAUAUAUGUCAAAUGGCUUCCAAGAAGACUCAGAUAUGAUCAAGUCACCAUUCAUUAGAAAUAAAGGUUCAAUGGGCAAAUCAUAUGACCCUUACCAACCAGAAAUGGAUAUAACAUAUGUGAGCAGUGGAACGCCAUCCAGCAAUCGCUUGUUUCCAUCUUUCCAUGACAAUUCAGAAUCUGUAAUGAGCCCCCAGAGCGCAAUUGGCAAUGACUAUGACUGUAGAAGCUUUGGGUCAACGUACUCGGCAUGCUCAUCAAUAGACACUGGUUUGCAGCAUAAUUACUCAUGCAGCUUACAAGACAGGGGGCAAACAUCAUGGUAUUCACACAACAUGUUUAAGACAUAUAAUCCAAUUGAAGACAAAACUAAUGCUUCAAUUAUUCAAAAUUUACAGGACGAUGUGGAAUCUGAGAUGAGGAGACUCAAACUAGAGUUGAAGCAAACAAUGGGCAUGUACAGUUCAGCAUGCAAGGAGGCAUUUUCAGCAAAACAGAAGACUAGGGAAUAUCAACAUUGGAAAUUUGAAGAACAACAUAGAUUUGAUGAGACACGAAUUGCAGAGGAAGCUGCAUUGGCACUAGUAGAGAAGGAGAAAGCAAAGUGUAAGGCAGCCCAGAAACUUGCUGAGCUGGAAGCACAAAAGAGAAUAAGUUUAGAAAUGAAAGCUCUCAGAGACUCUGAAGAGACAAAGGCAAGGGAAUCUUGGGUGCCAAGUGAUGUUAGGUACCGAAGAUACUCGAUUGAGGAAAUUGAAACAGCAACAAAGGACUUCUCAGACUCUUUGAAAAUUGGGGAAGGAGGUUAUGGCCCAGUUUACAAGUGUUACCUAGAUCAUACAGAAGUUGCAGUUAAAGUUCUACGUGAAGAUGCAGCUCAAGGAAAGUCACAGUUUCAGCAAGAGGUUGAAGUAUUGUCCUGCAUUCGGCAUCCAAACAUGGUUCUCCUCCUUGGAGCCUGCCCAGAGUAUGGUUGUCUGGUCUAUGAACACAUGGCUAAUGGCAGCUUAGAUGAUCGUCUCUUCCAGCGAGGAAAUACCCCACCUCUUCCUUGGCAAGUAAGAUUCAGAAUUGCUGCAGAGAUUGCCACGGGCCUUCUUUUCCUCCACCAAACCAAGCCAGAACCUUUGGUGCACCGUGACCUAAAACCUGGCAAUAUUUUGCUUGACCGCAAUUUUGUCAGCAAGAUAAGUGAUGUUGGCUUGGCAAGACUUGUCCCUCCAUCUGUAGCUGAUAGUGUCACUCAAUAUCACAUGACAUCAGCAGCAGGAACAUUUUGUUACAUUGAUCCAGAAUAUCAGCAAACUGGAAUGCUAGGAACAAAAUCUGAUAUUUACUCACUUGGUAUUAUGCUUCUACAAAUAAUAACAGCCAGGCCACCAAUGGGUUUAGCUCAUCUAGUUGAAAGUUCCAUUGAGGAUGGAACUUUUUUUGAGGUACUUGACCCAGCUGUCCCUCAAUGGCCUGUAGAGGAGACCUUGAAUUUGGCCAAAUUAGCUCUUCAAUGUGCAGAACUAAGAAAGAAAGACAGACCAGAUCUUGGGAAGGUCAUAUUACCUGAACUUAAAAGAUUGAGAGCACUUGGAGAAGAAAACAUGCCCCACCCCAUGUUUGGAGGUAUAUUUAGCACAAGAAGCCCAACCAAUCACAGUCAUACUUCGUCACUUCAAGAAAUGACGAUGAGCGAUGUACUGUCUGCAUCUGAUAGCUCAAGCAUUUCAAGUUCAUCAUCUUAUGGAGGAAGAAGAUGA